UGGAAAAAAAUAGAUAAAAUCCCCCCGAAAAUCCGCGAUCGCGUCUCUUCUCUCUCCCCCCGCCUCCAAUUCCCAAUCCCCUUCCUCGCCUACCCGGCCGCUGCUCCUACUCGAUCCCAUUCGAUUCGAUUCCUGCAAGGUCUCCCACCAUCCGAAUCCUACUGUAGUUCGCGGCUGCCCCUCGUCAAAGCCGACCCCCGCCGCCGCGAGCCCCGCCGGAAUCGCUGCUGCUGCUUCCUGCCAAGUUUUUCUUGCUUCCGUUGCUUCUUGGAGUGUUCCGGGCGGUUCCUGGGGCGAGACGAGCUGUUCUGGUGGAUUUGUGUCCGGUCCGGCCAAGGUUUCGCUCCGCUCCUGUGGAGGGCUCUGCUGGAGAUUUAGGGGAGACCAGGGUUUCGAAUUGGCGCGGUUCUGGUCAGAUUGGAAGCCACGAUGCCGAGGAGCACGCGUCGCAGGUCCCGGAAGCACGGCCGGGAGGAGCGGGACAGGUCGGACUCCGACGAGGACCCGCGCCCGCGGGAGAAGGGGUCCGCCAGGGAGCACGAGAAGCGGCUGUCCUCGGCGGCGUCUGCGAAGCUUCCCAAUGCGGGCGAGGCGUCUGGCUCGUCGGCGGAGGGGCGGAAGAAGAGGAAGAGCAGAGGGGAGCAAGAGGCUGACACCAGGGAGGAAAGGCGGAGUGGCGGCGGGGAGGAUGAGAGGAAGAGGAGGAAGAGCAGAGGGGAGCAAGAGGAUGACACCAGGGAGGAAAGGCGGGAGGAUGAGAGGGUUAAUCACCGUGACUCGAAGAAGUCGAGGAGUUCGGAUGGUGAUGUCAAGGGGAAGUCUGCAAGGAAUUCUGAUAGGUCCGACGAGGUUAGCAGAAGGAAGUCGAGUAAAGGGGCAUUGUUGGAGGAAGAUGGUGCCGGCGAGCAUCGCCGGGUCAAGGAGAGGGGGGUUGAGCGGGAGGCAGAGAAGUCAAAAGAAAGCAAGCAAGUGAUGGUGCUCAAGGAAGAUGAUAUUGCUCAGCAGUAUAAGAUGGUGAAGGAUAGGAGUAGGGACCAUGAUAAGGGGGAUGAGGGCAGGCACGAUGCAUCGUUCAAAGAUAUACCAAGAAACAAAGAGGUGAAAACACGAGAUUUGGAUAGCGAUAAAUCGAGGAGUAAGUGUAAUGGAACUGAUGAUCGUCAACGUGAAGAUGAGUUGCACGAUGGAGAACUAGAAAAGAAUGGGAGGCACAGGAAAACGAAGGAUCUGUCUGUUGGGAAAGAUGAGUCACAUGGUGGCAGCAGGGAAAGGCAAACCAGGCCUAGGGAUGUUUGUACCAAGGUUGAUGGAUAUUACGAGCAACAGCACACAGAUGAAAAAUUCAAAGAUGACAUGCCUAGAGGUGUGGACAAACCUAGAGAAGAGAAAUAUAAGGAUGAUAGGUCCAAAGUUCAGGAUAGGUAUAAGAAUAACAAAUACAAAGAUGAUAGGUAUAAAGAAGAGGAAAGACAUAGUAGAGAUGAUAGGUAUAAAGAAGAGGAAAGACAUAGUAGAGAUGAAAGGUAUAAAGAAGAGGAAAGACAUAGUAGAGAUGAAAGGUACAGAGAGGAAAGGUCUAGACAUGAAGAUAGACAUAAGGAUGUAAAAUACAAAGAGGAAAGAUCUAAAGAGGAGGGCAGACAUAAGGAUGAAAGAUACAAAGAGAAGCCUAGAGAUGAAGAGAAGCCUAGGAAUGAAAGAUCUGACAAUAGCUCUAGAGAGAAACAUCGAGAUGAUAUUUAUAGAAAUAGUAGGAAUCAAGAUGGUGGAUCACGGGGAGUGCGGUCCUCAAAGGAUAACACUAGAGACAGAUCUUUGGAAAAGCACCACAAGGACGAACUUAAUUACUCAGAUAGCCGGUAUAAUAAAAAUAGACUUAAUGACAAUGAAGAGAAUGCAUCUGCUGCUGAUCACAGGAGCACCAAGUAUAGAGAUGAUAGCAAAGUGAAGAAACGGUCUUAUGAAGAAAAUGGUGAUCUGGAGCCGAGGAAUGCAAAAGAAUAUCAUGGAGAUGCUACUACAAAACACAGGUCUGAUGUAGGCUCAUUUCUAUCUAGUGAAGACCGUAGACGGGAAUAUGAGAAGGUUGAUUCUCGGAAGAGGGAUUUUGAGAGGAAGAGCCCUUCUAGAUCCAGUACAUAUCAUGUGAAGGAGCAAAGCAGGCAUUUCCCAAAACAAGAAGAAUCCUCACCCAGGGAGUACGGUGCUGCUCUGGGAAGACAGAGACGGACAUCUGACUUUCAAUCAGUUGAUGGUCUCAAUAUAACUGAUGCAAAUAGCAAAGAAUCCUCUCACCUCUCAAAAGAUGGUAGAAUUUUGAGAUCUGAUGGCCGACCAAUUCAUUUUAAUGACAGACCACCAUCAAUGAGUGAUCGGCAAGUUCCUAUCCGGAACAAUCUGAGCAGUAAUACUAGACAUCAUGAGUUAUUAUUGAAUGGCCGAGCGACCGAGAACUAUCAAAGUGCAUCACCAGGGCAUCUCCAUGUGGCACCUGAUAGGUCUGAAAUGGACACUCAAAGAUCCUUUGAUGAUGAUACUAGGAGCCAGGUUAGGGAACGCCGAUCAAGCAGCCGCUCUAGAAGAAGUGGUACUAUUGAUACUGCAAGAGGGCACGGUAACACUUGGAAUAAUCCCUCUUCAUGGCCUUCAUCAGUACCUAAUGGUUUUGGUCCUUUCCAGCAUGGGCCUCCAGUCCCUGGUUUUCAUCCAGCUAUCCACCAAUUCCCUUGGAUGCGACCACCUAUGGAUAUGAAUCAUGCUGGGGUUCAUUAUCCUCUGCAUGGACAUCCUGAAAGUUUUUCUCAAUUUGCACAACCAUUUCCAUGGCACAAUUCCGCAGAAGAACCAUAUCUCUCUGGAUUGCCAGUUUGGAAUGCAAACAGAAGUGUCGUUGAAGAAUACUCUGACAGCUAUGGCGGACGAGAUUUGGUCAAGAAUAAAGAUUCUGAUUUACAGCAGCAGUCAGAGACAGAGGUGCCACUUCCAUCUCAUACUUCUGACAAGCCUUCACUAAUUCAGUUCCCAGCUCAAAAUCAAAGUGAGAACUCUGAAGUCAAACCAGUUGAUGAGAGCAAUGCUGCAAAGGCUGAUGCACAUGCUCCAAAAUAUAAAUCUGAGAGAACUCCUGGACCUUCUAAUGUAGAAGUGGAUUCUCGGUUUUGCUCUACCUAUUUUAAGAGCAUUGACAUUUCUACAAGCCUUGCUUCACCAGAGUUGUACAAAAAAUGUAUUACAAUGGUGGGAGAGUUUGAACUGGCUGAAUCGUCUAAAUUUAGCAUGCAUCGGUCCUUGAAGAAUAAUAAAAACGAGCAUGGAUAUCAAGCAGAAGGUACCAAAUACAUGGUAAAAUCCAUGUUUUCUGGGAAAGCUACUUCUGUAUUUGAGAAUGCCAUGGCGCUUUAUAGUUCAAGCACUGGGUCUUGGAAGUCGAAAACUCUUGCAUCAUCGUCACAACAAGAAAGUGACAAGACGAUCAAUCAGGCUUCUGUGAACAUGGUGGAGGAAAGCAAUGUUACUGUAGCUGAGUAUCAGUCAUUGCCGUGUACUGAUAUGUGCGAUGAAGUACACAAUAACGACCAGCCUCAUCUUGAUGCUGGGCCGGCAAAAGAUUGCACCGACACAGGAGAAGACAAGGUGGGCUCAGACCUUGGGGACAAAAGCCUCGGCAUCAACCAUAGUGAGGGGCAUUCUUCUGACGCCGAGGAGCUGCAAGUUCUGGGCAACGGCGAGGCGCAGCCCCCUCAGGUGGGCAGCAUUCCCGACGUUCCGAAAGAACAGGUUUCUGGUGUCAUUUCUGACACUACAUUUCCCUCUGGUUCUCAGUUGCGCGAGGGUGUUAAUUUAAAACGGAUACCUUGCUCUCCUGGGAGUACUUAA